CAAAAUAGUUUAAAUUGACGUUUGUUGCAAAUCUGCCCCUCAGGCGGGAUUGUAGUUCAUACCAGAUAGAAAACAAUUCGUAUACAUGGUUUAAAAAGGUUACGUUGCACUCAGCCUCAUCCAGAGCUAUUUUCUACCUAUCUAAUUGCUGUUAUAUAUAUAUAUAUAUUUUAGCAUGGAGGGCCCUGCAAGGCGCAAGCACCUGGGACUAGCUUAAGGUACCCCGGCGACGAUUUCCGCCGGCAAGGCACGGCUUCUAAGUGGAAGUCCGCCCAACUGAAAUGAACUUCUUACAGUCGCGGGUUGGAUGAUAGCUAACCAUCGGAGACAAUGGUCUCGCCAUGUAUGCCCCGCCAGAUUGUGUUAGCAGUAAACGUGCACACGACAUUCUCCCCGGAAUCAGGGAACAGGCCUAGGGAAGUGAAGAUUGCUUAUUUCUAUCUGAACGUACGUGUCCUUUAUGGCACGAAGCGGCGAGAUAAAUUUCUGGUACUUCAUUUUAUACAUGGGGUUUUGCUAUAUGUUUGGAAGUAAAGGCUUGCGCCAUACAGAGCUGGACUUCAUUGGAUUAUUUAAUGGUGGCACAACUAAUGCAAAUGAAUGCCUAAUCCUCGUAUCCCAUAACUACCAGUAUGAUUUUUAUCAUACUACGUAUGCUCCCUCUAUUUUUAUUGUCACUGUCAACUGUGCGGCUAAUCUGGACCAUUAGGCUGGGGAUGUGCGGCAGGGCUUCACGAACGCAAACAUUCGCAUUAAUGAUUAUCUUGCUUCUCUCUAGUGACUACGAUAUACAUUGGCUUAUAUGGAGGUGACCCAACGCUUAUUACUGCGGUUGGAUAUGACGCAGGAGCUAGCAUUAUCACCACGAUGCUUACGAGUAAUGGCGGACGUGGCAAGCUGCCAUUUUCGAAGGGCGAUUUUAUCUUCUCCCAAUAUCAUACCACAUCGCGGGGUGAUUGUCUGCUGCAAGCAAAUCUAUGAAGAUAUACUUGAAGUUACAAAUUGCGAAUUCGAUUUCUCUUCUUAAGGAUUUUCCUGCGGACAAGAUCGUUUCAGCUGUCAACCAUGAACUUAUCGCUUAAGGGCAUAAUAUCUGCCGUGGCAGAUCUUAUAUACGCAGGGCCCGUUUUCACCAAGCUAUCGCGGUGGAAUCUUCAAACACACCCCAAGGAAGCCCAUGGGAUAUCUUCGGACUCUGGGUUCCCAGAGAGGUUUCCUGCACGUGCCGGAGUGAUGUUUCCGGAUGCAAGUGACGCCACAUUCAAGCGAAUUCACGAUCUAUUCCCCGUGCCAUUGAACCAACCGGUGGAGACUCUAGCGCGGGACCGGGUCACAUCUGCGCUGGCAAAUUUGCUAAUUGCAGUAUGAGCAGGCCUCCUGCAUGUAAACCAAAGAACCACACCGACUAAAGAUGAGGACGUCGCCCUUCAAUUCCAAUCGUACAUUCGGAGAUUCGUUACUGGAACUGGUGCUGAAUUACCUAUAUAUCUGGGCUCGUCUGGCUGGCCUCCCGACAAGCGGCUGAUAUUAUAAUCGUGAAGGCGGAAGCAUUGGAACUUACCCGCGACUCGUGGAAUGCUCAUGGAAUCAAUGAAACAUUGAUAGAUACUGCCUCUAGACUUUGAGAGUGGAGCGUGAGACGGUGGAGCUGUAUCUGCCUCGUGUGCAUGAAAUUACGAGUGGCGAAUAUUACCGAAGACAGACCGAGACAACAAUGAUAUUGAAUGCUAAUUAUAGCGUUAAUUUCUAUAUUAUCAUAUCAUUUCCGUCGACAUUCGAGUGAGCGACAUUCACCCAAAAAAAAAGGGGGGGAGUUGGUGGUCGAAAAAGGGGGUGGCGCGAACCAUGACACUUUCUUAGUUAUUAUUUUGUGUCUCAAGGUAUGCCCAGAGUACUGCAAACACGGCACAGUGGUAGAGUGGUUAAUACGUGAGACUCGAAUUCUCCAAAUGUGGCUAGUUCGCAUUUGGUAAGCUUUAGACCAUCUCAUGCCUUCGGGCGCGUAGGUUCGAAUCCUGCCUGUGUCGAUUCUUUUUUUUUUUCUGCAUGAGUGUUUUCCUUGUUGACUCUGAACCUACUUUCAUCUCUACUACUAUAUUGCUAGAAUCAAAUCAAAGAUGAAGGAAGAAACAGUCAAUUAAUCAGAUAUUGAACAAAGCUUAGAAGAAA